UCUUCAUUGUCCCACCUAUGUUUUUUCUCAUGUGAAAAUUCGGGUUUCGCUUUAUAAAUCUAGACUUGUGUUUAUAUUAGAGUAGUAGCAUACCAUGCAGGUGUUCAACAUAAGAGCAUAUCAAGCUUUCAUUAGGUCGCGUGCAUGGUCUGCCGUAGCGGUUAGCCUUAUGAGGAAGGCAAGAUAAGCGUUAGCGAUCGCCCCGGACGCCGUCGCAUACCAUUACCACGUUCAACUAAUUGUUGCUAGUGGUAUAGGAAGGAGUAUGGGGGUAUUGAAAGUAGGUAAGUAAAUAAUGGCAAUAGUAAGAUUGGAAUGUUGCUACGUUAAAGUUGAAGUCAAUGUCCAUGGCGCCGCCAUUCAAAUACAGCAUUCAUCGGUUAUUUCAAUUCAUCUCCGAUAUGCUCUGCUUUCCAUAUAGGUAAGUAGAGCAAAACUUCAUUGAAUGUGAUCACCCAGAUCCUCAUCGACAAAUUCCUCCUUCAGAUGUCCCCACAUUCCAAGUUAACGACCUAAGUUUUGGCAUGCUACUUACCAUCAUGGCGUUCUUUUCCCCGCUCAACUUAACCUCGCUUCUCGCCGGACUUCGGAUGAAUGCCUACGCCAAAGUCGCUUCAAUUUAUCUUCUUUUGAGUUUUACGAUGCCGGCAGCAGCAAAUGGGUCGCUAAUACCAACCCAGCUGACUCCCGAAAAUUACACUACAGCGGAAGCGGGCAACCCUUUCGUCGACGGUUGGUAUGCAGACCCAGAUACGGAAGUAUAUGAUGGUAUCUAUUGGGUAUACCCAACCUCUUCAUAUGACUACGAUCAGCAGACAUAUUUCGACGCCUUCUCAAGUUCGGAUCUGAUCAAUUGGACAAAAUACUCCAACAUUUUAACCACAGAUAAUGUGACCUGGGCUACCAGAGCUGUGUGGGCUCCCGCACCCAUUUUCAGAGGUGGCCUUUAUUAUCUGUAUUUCGGUGCCAAUGACAUCCAGGAGGGCGAGCCGGAACAGGGGAAGAUUGGAGGUAUCGGAGUCGCUGUCGCGGAACGGCCGGAGGGUCCGUACGUCGAUGCCAUCGGGAAGCCGUUGAUUGGAGAGUACCACAAUGGCGCCCAGCCAAUCGACCAGGAUGUCUUCAUAGAUGAUGUAGACGGGCAGGCGUAUAUCUACUAUGGAGGCCACUCGCAUGCCAACGUCGCGAAACUGAACUCGGACAUGAUCUCCAUCGGUACCUUUGACGACGGAACUCAGUAUAAGGAAAUUACCCCUGAGAAUUAUGUCGAGGGCUCACAGAUGUUCAAGCGCAAUGGCAUCUACUAUUUGAUGUGGUCAGAGGGCGACUGGACCGGUCCCGACUAUUCCGUCUCGUACGCAAUGUCCGAUUCACCCAUAGGUCCAUUCAACAAGAUAGACAAAAUCUUGCAGCAGGACAACGCCGUAGCUAAGAGCAGUGGCCAUAACGGUGUUAUCAACGUGCCAAACACGGACACUUGGUAUAUCGUCUACCAUCGCCGCUCGCUAAGCGAGACGGACGGUAACCAUCGCGUACUAGCAUAUGAUCGCAUGUACUUCAACGAGGAUGGCACUAUUAAACCUGUCAAGAUGUUGGUUAAGGACGACUUCGCCAACGGAGAGAUGUUCAACUGGAAUACAUGGGCCGGUGACUGGUCAGUGGUAGGCCAAAGACUCAACGUCACAGAAACGGCAUUGGGUAGAGCCACGCUUGAUACAAAUUUCACCAACCUAGACUACCAAGCUACCGUCAGCAUUACAGAAGGUACCGGCGACGCUGGACUUCUAUUUCGAGUUACCGGCUUCGAGUCCGGCACCUACGGCAUGUACGGCUACUAUGCAGGAAUUUCCCAGGAGGGUAAAGUUAUCCUGCUGAAAAUCAAUGCCGGAACUUGGGAACAGAUCGCCGAAUCAGAGAUGAAAAUUGUGUAUGAAAAGGAGUACUAUAUCAACGUGAGGGCCAUGGGCAGCGAUAUAGAGGUGUUUGUCAAGAAUGACCAAGUACCUUGUAUCUCUACUACAGACAGCUCGUACAAAAGUGGCGCAACUGGUGUGGAGGUGCGCAAUGCUGGUGCGAACUUCGGCUUCGUGUCUGUAAAGAAGUAUUAAUGGCUAUAUAGCAGCGACGAUAAUAAUGUAAUUCUAAAGGACAGCAUAUCUAAAUUAUUCCUUCG